AUGUCUUCAUCAUCAUCACAACAGCAAACACCUCUCUCGACAAAACCAAAAGUCGACCCGAAUGGAAAAUAUUAUGAAUGGUUGGGAAUUGAGAAUUGGCAAGAGGCAACAGCGGAAACUAUUCAAAAGGCUUUUCGUAAGAAAGCUUCUCAAUACCAUCCCGAUAGAGUUUCCGAUGAAAACAAAAAGAAAGAAUAUGAACAUUUAUUUUCUAAAAUAACAGAAGCGAAUACCAUUUUGAAAGAUCCUGAAUUAAAGUCAAAGUAUGAUUUAAUUUUGAAACAGGCUGAGUAUAAAGAAAGACAACAGAAAGAGAUGGAUGCCAAGACCAAAGAUUUGCGAGAGUCGUUGGAAUUACGUGAAAAAUUGGCACAACAAAAUAAGUUGAAGAAGGAAAAAUCGGAUCAAGUAUUACUGAACAAGGAAAUGGCUUAUCUAAUUAAAGAAAGCGGAGGAUACGAUAUGUUACAUCAAGUGCAAGAAAAAAGGAGAGAACGAGAAAAAAAACAAAAAAACAAGAAUGGCAACUCAAAUUCUUGUCAAGUAAUUGUAAAAUGGAAGAAAACUCAGGAUGUGACAGAGGACUCUUUGAAAGUAUUAUUCAGUCGUCUCUUUGGUCCUAUUAAUAUCAUGAUAUUCAAAGAACCAAAAAGAAGGUGUGUCAUUUCUUUUGAAAGUUCAUCAAGCGCUCAAAAAGCCGCAAACUAUGACUGGAAAGAACAUACACAAUACAAGUUUAAGGUGAAAAUGGCAGGCUCUGAAGAUAGUGAAACUAAGAAACGAGAAUUAAGCACCCCAACUAGAUCCACCAGCGAUGAGAAUAAUGACAAUGUAACACCAGAAGAGGACAACCAAAAUUAUGAUCUGAAUUUGAGACUCAUGCGUUUAGCUGCAAAAAAGCAAAAAACAAGUUAA